UCCCGUCCCUAAAACCAUUAAAACGGUCUGUUAUUACACUUUGACCAUAAUGCAUUGUAGAUGAAAAAGAGGAAACUGAUGGUGAGCAUGGUCAGACCCCUUUUGAACCGGAUAUGAAUCCCAACCCAUCUUCUCAAGAAGGAUCAGAACUAGAUGAAGGCGAAGACCAUGAAGAUACAGCUGGGAACGGAGAAGAGGAAACUGAUGGCGGAACCCCUCUUGACCCGGAAGUGAAUUCCAACCCAUUUCCUCAAGAAGGAUCAAAACUAGAUGAAGGCGAAGACCAUGAAGUUACAGCUGUAAACGGGGAAGAGGAAGCUGAUUGCGGGAACCCUCUUGUCCUGGAGGUGAAUUCCAACCCAUCUCCUCAAGAAGGAUCAAGAGAACUAGAUGAAGGCGAAGACCAUGAAGUUACAGCUGAACACGGGGAAGAGGAAGCUGCUGGCGGGACCCCUCUUGACCCGGAAGUGAAUUCCAAACCAUCACCUCAACAAGGAUCAGAGCAACACGAGGAUGAAGAGAAAGAAGAAUGGAAGAUCGUCGAAUACACAGAGUCAGACCGAGAUGUGUCUGUUGGAGACAUCGACAUGCUUGGAGGUUCACCAAGUAAUGGCGAACUAUGUGAAGUCGUUCGUGUGGUUCGGAAUCUCACUACGGCUUUGGACCUUAGUAGAGCUCUCCGUGUGGACGAUAACGAAAUAAUAGAUCUUAUAACUCCAUCCAACCCUGCACUAAUGGAGAGACUAGCGUGGCAACUCAUUAACCGGUGGUGUAGACGUUUAGGAAAACAUGAGAAGGAAGAGAAGUUGGCUAGGCUUCUUCAAGGAUAUAACAUCGAAGAAACUCAAACAGAUGUUUCUGAAAUCUCCAAAAAGAUCCACACGACUCCAGACUUCCUACACCUCUCACAGUGGCUAGAUCUAUCAGCUUCAGAAAUUUUGCAGGUAAUGGCGUCAUCUCUGACCUUGGAACCUGCCAUGAUACGCCAGCUUGUUCUACAGAUUCUUAAAAAAUGGGUCAAACAAGGAGGAACAAGACUGAGGUUGCUUAAAAUUGCUACAGCUUUUCAUUUAAAUGAUACUGCAGAGCAGAUAGCUAAUGCAAUAUCACAGCAUCCAGGUUUCCCGAAUCCUUUUACACAUGCCACCAUUGACCAAAAUGGUGGAGAGUUGAAGCUUGAUGACCUUGGAAUCAAAAUAUCCAUUCCUUCGGGUGCGAUCUCGAAAGGAAUGAGAUCAGUUGCUACUCUUUGUGUCCCUAGAAGUAAUUCAUUUGACAUUCCCCUGGAUAAUGGAGAGGUUCUCGUGACACACAUCAUCAGAUGUUCCUUCUUGCAAGAGCUUCGUAAACCCGCGGCUGUGACGCUUCCACACUGCAUCAUCAUUUCAGAGCGAUAUCAGCAGAAGAAGGAAGACUUGUGUUUGAAGUUGUAUACCAAACUUGAGCAAGGGAAAUUCGGUUGCAGGGCUAUUGAAUCAUCGAAAGGCUUUGAGAUUUUAGAAGACAGGAUUACGUUUUCGACACGUCAUCUUGAGUACUUUGCUUUGUCUUUGAAUGAUAUCCAAGGAAUUCAGUUCGUCUGUGAGGUGUCACAACCUCUUUUCAAGAGCAAAUCACUACAACCGACUCUACGAAUUUGCAUAGCACAUCCUUACAACAAAGACUCUGCCGAGUUUUGGCAAAGAAAUGAAAGCCGGUCGCAAGAAAUCUACUUCCAAGUAACGAAUGUAAUCAAAUUCACUCUGGAUUCAACAGAAGACGGUAUCCAUGUAAAGCUUUUGUGUGUUUCUGACUCCUUUAAGACACAGGAAACCGUUCAUGUUGGUUCCGUACUCUCAGGAAAGAGUAUUACAGCACACUUAGAUCUACCGCCCUCUAGCGGCCAGAAAAGUGUAAGCAUCUGCAUUGAGCAGGGUUCAUCCACACUGGCAGAACAAGAAAUAUACUUUUCUAGUGAAGUGGAACCUAAGUACGAACAGCCUCACAGAAGAGGCAGAAUACGGUUCGUUUCAAACCACAUGCUACGAAUGCUUUCUGGUUUAGUCUGUGAAAUAAAAGAUGCCCGGGAGCUUGGCUACCAACUAGGUUUCUCUCACUCGACGGUCAGCAAGUACCUUUCCAGAGCAGACUCCUCGGCCAGCAAUGUCUCAGGAUCAGGUCUUAAAGAAAUGCUUCAGGAAUGGAGAAGGCGUGUUCGACCAAGUGAGCAGGUUAAAAAAUUUCGCCUUGCUUUAGAGGCCGCGGGAUUAAGACGUGAAUCGGAAGUUAUUUUUCAAGAAAAUUGAAAUGAUGUCGGUCGCCAUUAGACAAACUGAACAUCUUAGCGCAUUUCGUAUAUUCGGAAAUACACAC